GCUUUUGUCACAGCUUACUUACUUAGAAAGUCUUGGUUGUGAAGCAGUUGUUUUAUUCUUGGAGCCUGGUGAUUCUUGUCUUCAACAGUUUGGAACAGAAAAAGGAAUCAACUUUUUGAAUAAAAAUGAAAAAAUUGGUGUCAAUUUCGUUGAGUAUUUGGAUUCUCCAAAACAGGUUGUCAGAAAGUACCGGGUGUGUGAUGUGAUAAAACUAUUCAACCAGAAAUACAGUGAAGCUUGUGGGAAAAUGUGCCGAGUACCUUAUUUAAAAGGAGGAUUUACUGUUACUGGUUUGCCAGAAGAGAAUCGUAAAUAUUCUGAUCAAGAGAGAGAAUGUUACCGAUCUGUGCUGAAGAAAGGUGUUUUUGAAGAAGCCAAAUUAUCAAUGUGCUUGAUACGUAACAAGCUGAUUGAAGAAUGCGAUUUGGUGGUAACUGAUGUAGAUUUGACAAAGUCAGAGCUCGAUUUGUUGACUGGGAAACUUAAAAAUUUUUUCAAACCUGAUGCCUUUGCGACUCUUAUUGCCAACUGUAAAAGCAGUCGAACACAUGAAGGAUACAUUCUUCCGGUUUAUACUGACUCUGAUGAACCGUAUUGGCUCUUCUAUUAUCCUGGUGCAGCUGAAGGCAUUGAAUCAUUGUCUACUGAAGAUAAGAUUUGGGGAUAUUGGUUAGACAAGACGAGCUCAGAGCUAACUUAUAAACUCAUUAAAACCCAGAAAACAAAUAAACCUAAUCUGUUACCAGGACAAAGAAUUAGGAACUUUAAGGUUAAAAACCAAAAUUUUUACAUCCCAAAUAAGCAUGCCUUUCGGUUUUCACACGUCUGUUUUGGAAUGCCUUGCUAAACAGGAUUUCCUGUAGUGUGUUAAACUUUUUUUGUAUAGCAUGUUCAUGUUGUUACCAAUAAUUGUAUGCACCUAAAGUAUUCGUAUUCUUAUAUUAUGCACAAGUGUAAUUUGAAUGUUAAGAAAUAACUAUCGGGGGAAACGAGUAAAAAAAUUUCCAAAUGUU